AUCAAUGUCCUAAGAUGCAUAUGUGGGUUUUCUUGGGGUGCGGACAGGAAAACAUUGCAAAUGUUGUAUAUUGGGCUAAUCAGAUCUACGAUUGAGUACAAUUGUUAUCUGUUUAGCACACUGUCGCCCAGUUUAUGCAAACGUCUAGAAGCCGUUCAAUCAACGUGCUUGAGACUUCUAACUGGGGCUUUUCGCACAUCGCCAGUUCUUGCGCUUCGUGCAGAUACCGGCAUUCCAGCACUUGAUGACCGACGCGUCUUUCUUUUCCUCCGCUAUUACUACAGAGCAAAAAGUGUUCGAAAUCACAUUGCGGUACCAGCAAUGGAGGCGAGGAAACCAAGAACCCGACGCCCACUGCGUAGAUCGUGCUUUCUACCCGGGUGCCUUGAGCAAGCUCAUCAACUGCUAAACAUUAGGCGCACUGAAGUUACUCUAAAUCCUCCUAUGAUUCCAUUUUGGCUCCUCAAAGACCUAUCCAUUGAAUUUCUUUUUGAUUAUAAGAAGACCAGUAUACCUCCGGUGGAAGCUCAAAUGCUCUUCCAGGAGUAUGUAGAGCUCAACUGCGACUCUGCUUUUUUCUUCACAGAUGGCUCAUGUCACGAAAAUCAGAUAGGUUCAGCAGCCGUCGGCCCUGGGCUUAGGUUUGGGACCCGGCUUCAAGAAUUUACGACAGUCUUUAGUGCCGAAGUUCACGCAAUCGAAAAAGUUAUGGAGCACAUCAAGGCAGAAAAGAUUGAUCGGGCAACCAUCUGUACUGAUUCGAAAUCCGCUCUUCAAGCACUGGAAAGGACCGAUAAUGUUACCCACCACGGUAUCUACAAUAUUCUCAGGAUCACAUCAGAUCUCAAUGAGGGCCAGCAUGUGACCCUUCUUUGGGUUCCAGGUCAUUACGGUAUUGCAGGAAAUGAACGUGCGGAUGUCCUCGCAAAGGAGGCUGCAAUGCGACCUGAUCCAGUUGUGGAACCUAUGGCCCAAGGGGACGCUAUUCAUAUGAUAAAAAUCAAAUUCGCCGAGUACCUUCAACGCAAAUGGGACCAACAUCAUGCUGCACAUAUGUAUGCGAUCAAACGAGAACUUAGAACAUGGGUCACAUGUAACCAACCAGACAGGAUACGCGAGGUGACCCUGGCCAGAUUGAGGUGUGGUCAUACUCGCCUCACCCAUGGCCACCUUUUUGAUAGGACGGGCCCUCCGAUUUGCCACACCUGCGACACACGCAUCUCCGUAGAGCACAUUUUGAUCGCAUGCACGGCAUUGCAUCACGAACGAAGACACAUCACUAACUAUCUUGCGGUACAACACCUUAAAAACGACCUCCCGACGCUUCUCGGGGACGACACAACAUUGACAAACCUGGUACUUGAUUUCGUCCUAACAUCACCCUACUCAGAGCUACUUUAACGGCCUUGACUGUUAGCAGGCGCCCGUUUCGCUACCACCAGGCUGACUUGUGAUACGGGAUGGGUCGGGUUUUUCGCUGGUGCCGAAACACAGAGCUUCGGUGGCAGACGGGUUUUCUCCUGCCGCUGGAGCAGGCUUAGAGGCUCAGCGGCCCAGCGAGCUACACCAGCGGACCCCGGCCGCUGAACAGCGGCGGCGGCCGGGUUGAACGACCACAGACAACCGUCGGCCGCCAACUGCAGCAGCGACAGAUUCCCCAUCCUCCAAACCAUUCCUUUCAUCGUGACGCUUAAACAUUCACAAACCCCAUCCCUCCCAGCGACAUAUCCCCCACUCUUCAAACCAUUCCUGUCAUCAAACUCUCGUAACCUUACCAUUCACAAACUUCCUCCUUCCCUCCCUUCACAAACAUCAAUUUACCGGAAAGCUGAUACACAGCAACUGAUGCUCUGCCUCACCAUGGAUGUCACUGAAAGACAGAUGUGUCCUCGCUGCUCGGUGCCGGGCGGAGAGCAGCACCCAAUGAAGAGACUGAAAAUAAACUUCACAGAGUCUGUGGAUAUGUGUCCCAACCAAAAGUGUUUGUGGGUGCGGCUGGUGUGUACGGACGCCGGCGCCGACGGACAGGUCCCCCUGCCGGGAGGACUCUCCUCUCUACCGGGUGCCGGCGGUGUCGAUUACAUGGACGAUCUGGACGUGCUGCUGAACGAGCCGUCCGACUCGGGGGUGGACGUGGACGGCAGCGACCGCAGCGUGGCCAGCUGGGAGCCGGCCGCCUCCGAGGCCGGCUCGCUGAGCAGCGAGCUGGCUGCCGUGGCGCUCUCCUCCGUGCCGUCGGCGGCGGUCUCAGAGCCGGGCCGGUGGCGGCCCGUCAGCGCGCCCGGCCGAGCGCCGUCUACCGCCGGCUCGCUGCUGACAGAGACGCGCAGCGAGCCGGACCCGGCCGCGCUCAGGAGGAUGGCCAGGCACGGCCGACAGACCGAGCCGCGCCCACUCUCCGGUCUGAGCCUCUCCAACUUCGGCGACAAGGAGACGCGACCGGAAAACUGGGUGGAGAAACCAAAGCCAACGAUGCCACCUAGUACACGCCGGCGCGCCGGGGCCCCCUCCGAGACAGGUUUGUUUAGCUCGCCGUCGGGCCGCGCCGUGUUCCGUCGUCCGGCGCUGCCGGCCUGGGAGCGCGCCGCUCUGCGUCAGACUGUGGCCGGGUCGGACCCGUGGGCUCUGCUCUCCGGCUGGGACGGCGCCGCGCGCAGCCGGCGCCUCAGCGCAGCCGCCAAAAAACUGAAGCGGGCUGAACGGAUGGAGGAGGCAGCGCGCAAAGUAGCCGCACCAGCCAGGAGCCCGGUGUCUCCCAGCUCCACCAUCACUGCCAUCGCUGGACCUUCAGCGGCGGCGCCCGCUCUGCCCGUCGCCUCCUCCAGCCGUACCGCCGCCGGCGCGGCCCCCGUGCCCGCCGGAGCCCCGACCGCGGCAGGCGCCAGUGCUCCCGGCCCUCGGACUGCCGAAGGCGCGGCCACUCCACGAUCUAACCUCCACUGUCCAGCGCGCACUGAUCGGAACGGCUCCGCCGCCGUAAAGGACACAGCCUCGCGGAUGAACACCAUGCUGGCCGCGCCAGAACUGUACAAACGACUCUGCACCACCUUCAACACCGAACAGGUGUUUGUGCGCUCGCGAAAUGUGGAGCGUGUUCGAGCGUGGGCUAAGAGGAAAGCGGCAGGCACGGAGCCAGAGGUCUGAUGGUGCGGCGAGGGGGUAUUGACACUGUCUGCUGCCGCCAUGAUUGGGAAUGACACUGGACGGUGCAACCAAUAACGAUCUUGCUCAAAGUUGAUGUGUUCAGAUUUGUACAGUGUGCAGUGUGCACUGAUGAUGCCUUAUGUAGCCCUGAUGCAGCUGAAGGGUUUCGUUCUAUGAACUUUUGCCGUUUCGUCCCACAUUGAUGCCUGUUGCUCAGGAAAGUCAAAGACAUGUGAUGGUGUAUGAAGUUUUGUGUUUUGUGUUGAAUACCGUCAGAAACACUGCCCAAUACAUCAUCAUCGUUUGCA